AUGGGUUUCCUAGACUUGCCUGUCGAGAUUCGCAACAACAUAUACCGGCAAUUGUUGGUUGCAAAGCAGACUUUAAUGCUCUUCAAAGACAGGGGCUCUGAGGUUGUAGAGGUGUUUGUGCCUGGGUACUCGUUCAGGGCACUUCCACUUUUGCGUACGAACCGGCGUGUCCAGGAAGAGGCUUGCGCAAUACUCUACGGCAGUAAUUGUUUCAAUUUCGUGGAUACGACAGAAUACCAAGGAGAGCUACUAUGUGCCUUCUUGAAAGCUAUCGGAGUUCGAAAUGCGAGCUUAUUGACACAUGUUAGCAUAAAUUUUCCAGCCUUGAACCUAUCAGGGAUUGACGUCGCAGAGCUCAAUGUUGUGAACGGGAGCUUGUGGACCGUCAAAUUGCUCCAGGAGCAAUGCACCAAUCUUAGAAUUCUCGAAACCAUCGUUCAAGCCGAAAAUUCCUUCGGACUAGUCGAGUCUGAUGAUUUGGACUCAAGUCUUGUCGGAUCUGCGCUUUCCCAAGUCCAGGCUCAGUUUGAAGCAAUACCGAAUUUGAAAAAAGUCGUCGUCACAUUCUAUACAGGAAUUCCAAGCACAUUUGUCAGAAAUAGCUUCGAGGGAAAUGGCUGGGUCGUGCAGCAGGGGAGAUGA